GCCUGGGGCUGCAGCGUCCGAGAGCCCCGCCGCUGCCCUGUCCCCGGAGAGACAGGGCCCAGCUGCUGUCGUCGCCCGGCUGGUGCCCGACCCAUCAGGAACAUGGAGACCGUUUGGUGGAGUAACAGGCCGUGGCCACGAGAGUCACACUAAACAGUCCAUCUCCCUGAACUUGGUCUCUGACGACUCAGUGGUUCACAAGUCCGCAGUGCCAGGAGAGCCACCAGGGCAGCCCCGCCCCUUCUCAUGCUACCAGGGUCUCCAGGGCCUUGUGUUCAUCGUCCUCCUGCUGGGACUCUAGGAAGGAGCUGCUAGACCCCAGGAUCCUUGCCCAAGAGGAGGAGGUACAUUGCAGGCCAUCUGCUGGCCUGGGCGUGGCCUGUGGGCAGCCGCCUCCCCCAGGAUGCCCCUGCCUGAGGCUGGCGAGCAGGAGGGUGAGAGCCUGCAGGCUGUCCAAGAACCUUCCCGGGAGCCCGGCACCAACGUGGUCCCUGCAGCCCCCAGGAUACCCAAGAAGUUUCCCCCCCUGGUGCUGCUGGCGGCGUCCGGCCACAGCAGGAAUGAGCUAGGCUCCAGGCCCAAAGGCGCCCACUGUGUCACAUCCUUGGACGUGUCAGGGCCACCCACUGUGACGGGGGCCCUGCAGAUCCUGCCAGCCAAGGAGCAGACCAGCGUCCCACCCAUCAUGUGGGCACCCGAGCAGAAACGCAGCCGUCUGGACACAGCCCUCAGACCCCUGGAGUUCCUGAAGACCCCAUUUGGGGGCCGCCUGCUGGUGCACAACUCCUUCCUGUACAAGCAGGAGAAGGCAGUGGGAGACAAGGUGUACUGGAAGUGCCGGGAACACUCCGAGCGGCGCUGCCGGGGCCGCGCCAUCACCCGGGGUCCCCGUGUGACUGUGAUGCGGGGCCACUGUCACCCACCUGAUGAGCAGGGCCUGGAGGCACGGCGCCAGAGAGAGAAGCUGCCCAGCCCAGCCCUGCCAGAGGGCUCAGGAGGUCCCCAGGGCCCUGAAGAGGAGCCACUGGAGGGGGUGAGCCCCUGGCUGUGCCCCGAGGAGCCGGUCCCUGAGCUGGACAGGCCAGCCCCCGAGGAAGAUGAGGGGCUCCAGGCCCUGUCGAUGCUGAGCUUACCCCCCAAGAAGCGUCCAGCACCAGAGACAGGCGAGGCGCAGCCCCUGGAGUUCCUGAGGACCUGCUACGGAGGCAGCUUCCUGGUGCACGAGUCCUUCCUCUACAAACGGGAGAAGGCCGUCGGGGACAAGGUGUACUGGACAUGCCGGGAGCACGCCAUGCACGCCUGCCGCAGCCGGGCCAUCACCCAGGGUACACGCGUGACCAUCAUGCGGGGCCACAGCCACCUGCCCGAUGUGGAGGGCCUGGAGGCCCGGCGCCAGCAGGAAAAGGCCAUGGAGUCCCUGCAGGCCGGGCCUGCGGACAAGCUACUCCAUGGCGUGGACAGCCUCUUCCACCAGCAGGGGUCCGGCACCCUGACCAGGCCCCGGCCGCGGCAACGUGCCAAGCCCAAAGACCCGGGGCCCCGGAGCCAGCCCCCCACCCCGAAGGGGCCUCCAAGUGAGACGGAGGACUCCGAGCCAGGUGGCCCUGAGUUCCUGAGGACCCCCCUGGGGGGCAGCUUCCUGGUGCACGAGUGCUUCCUGUACCGGCGAGAGAAGGCGGCGGGCAACAAGGUGUACUGGACCUGCCGGGACCAGGCCCGCAUGGGCUGCCGCAGCCGCGCCAUCACCCAGGGCAGCCGGGUGACAGUGAUGCGGGGCCACAGCCACCCAGCGGACCUGGGCGGCCUGGAGAUCAUGCGGCAGCGGGAGAAGCGCCCCGGCCAGGCCCAGCGCGGGAACUCAGGUGGUCCUGAGUUCCUGAGGACCCCCCUGGGGGGCAGCUUCCUGGUGCACGAGUGCUUCCUGUACCGGCGAGAGAAGGCAGCUGGCGACAAGGUGUACUGGACCUGCCGGGACCAGGCCCGCAUGGGCUGCCGCAGCCGCGCCAUCACCCAGGGCGGCCGGGUGACAGUGAUGCGGGGCCACAGCCACCCAGCGGACCUGGGCGGCCUGGAGGCCCUGCGGCAGCGGGAGCGGCUUCCUGGGUCAGCCCAUCGGGAAGGCCUAGUGGCUCCGCCGACUGUGGCCUUCUCCCUCAGGAGCCACCCAGCCCCUGGAAUUCUUGAGGACCUCGCUGGGGGGGCGCUUCCUGGUGCACGAGUCCUUCCUGUACAGGAAGGAGAAGGCGGCCGGCGACAAGGUGUAUUGGAUGUGCCGGGACCAGGCCAGGCUGGGCUGCCGCAGCCGGGCCAUCACCCAGGGCUCCCGAGUGACCGUCAUGAGGGGCCACUGCCACCCAGCCGACCUGGAUGGCCUGGAGGCCCUGCGGCAGCGAGAGCAGCUUCCCGGGCCAGCUCAGGAGGAAGACCCAGAGAACAUAAGACUUCUACCAAAAGUGCAACAGUCCUUCAAGACUUGUUCACCAGAAAGCCAGCAGACCUAUGGAAAAAUGACGAGUGUGCAAGUGGAUAGUGAAUCGCAAUGACGCAGAAACUCCUCCCCUGCCAGAGCAGAGGCACUGUGCUGAUUCCUGGCAUCGAGGACAGCUGACAUCCACGGGAAUUGGCAUCUUCCAUCCAGUUAGAUUCUGCUUGACAACUGCUUCUUUCUGUGCUCCCAAGGGCAUCAAGAGCCAGCACCUUCCCUCCAGAGGCCACCCAUCAGGACCGCUUCCCUGGUGUCCUCAGGCCCUUAAAAACCAUGCUCAGGGUUGGCAGCCUGCAGAGGCCUAUGGCAUGGACACAACAGUCCUGGCUCUUCUGACCCAACAGACGAAAGAUUUGAGUGAUGCCCUGACGCCCUGGUCUCCUGUUGCUCCCAACCCAACAGCCCUAUAUUUCAAAGUGCGGAAUUUUCCACCUGGCCCUGCUCUGGCCCCAUAAGGUGGACAUCGCUGGCACUCCUGCCCAUCAUUCUGAGCUGUCCUCCCAGGAGAGGUGGCUCCAGGACAGUGCCACUUGGGUCUCUGUGACCCUUGGUUGACACACUGCUGGUACAGCUGCAGGCCCUGCCAUCUCCCAGGGAACUAAACAAGAGGCACUUCAUGUCCCCUGUCACCUAUCUUUCCUUGUCUGUCCCCCAACUUAAGUUCCACCCAGCAUCCUUUGCUCUGACAGCAGGUGUGCCUCUUGCAGUUCCACGUGGAUCCCAGCCCACGGUUAUAGGCAACCACUCGGGGUGGCCCCCCUGCCUGGCUGCCCGCAUUCAUCCUGAGCCUGAGAGGAGGCUUGUCUGGAAGGUACACUGUUAAUAAACCUGCCCUCCCACUAUGGGUAGCUUUGUGAGGGGACCAGCUGAUGGCCACUGAGAGCUUGGUGAUAGGGGCUUCUGCUAGCUCUCAAAUCCAUAGCCUCCACCUUGGACUUCCUCACCCACCCUAUGAUUGUGGAUACCCACAGGUGGGGGGGGGGUGCUGUUCCCCAGGAGACCCUGGCUGCAGCGCUGUCCAACUGUGGACAUGCCCCCUCUCUACCUGCCACUCUGCUUACACCUCUCCCCGCCCGCAAUAAACCCUAUUUUAUUAAGCCUCA